GGUGAGAAUCAAUAUGAAUAUAGAUGAAUAAAAAAGACAUUUGCCGAGGCAACACAAUAUACUCUAACCUCACUAUGCGAUUAUGACGGAGGCAUUUCGCCCGUAAAGUAAUUACAAAUUUGCAUACGACCAAUAUUUAAACGUGCCAUUUAAACAGUGUCUAUUUUUGUAUAUCUAUAGAUAAAAGAAUCGGAUAGACCGAUUUAUAUGUUUUGUUGAUAUAAGCAAAAUUGAAUAAUCUGUGCUUGAUCUUUUAUAUAGUAAAGCUUAUUAUGCUGCUAUAAAAUAGUAUUUCGUAUAACAAAUGUUAUAUAUAAAAUACUUAUAAAUAUUUAUUAUUUGUUAAAAAAAUAAUAAAUGAAUAUUUUAUUUAUUCAUGUUUUAUCUCUAUAUCAUAGAGACAGAAUACAUAAAAAUUAUUGAUAAAAAGUAAGAAACAAGAAAUCAAAUACAAUGAUGUAUGAACAAACUUCUUUAAUUGAUAAAAAUGUUCCUUGUAUUACUAAUUUGUUUAGUAAAACUUUUCCUAUAGCGAUGGAAGAAAAUUAUUCUUUACCUAGGCCAGAUUGCAUGUUUAAAGAAAGUCCGUGGUAUGUUAAAGAAUUACAGAUCUUGAAAGAUCAAUUAAAUGAAGUGAAAAAUCGUUUAAAUAGUUUUAAUUUGGGUGAGUGGCAUGCACAUACAAGUAAUAGAAAUAAAGCAGGACAAGUACAAUACCGUGUACGAAGAGAUAUCAAACCAGAAUUAGUGACACAAGCGUGGUGUAAAUUUUAUGAAAUAUUAAGUUUUUUUGAUGUUGUGCCACAAAAUGAAAUUAUAAAAAACAAUAAUAGUUUUACUUCUGUACACUUAUGUGAAGCUCCUGGAGCUUUCAUAACAUCGUUAAACCAUUGGUUAAAAACGAAUACUAGAUUUAAUUGGAACUGGAUAGCUACGUCACUAAAUCCAUAUUAUGAAGGAAAUUCUUUGUCUAAAAUGAUUAAUGAUGACCGUUUCAUUAUACAUACAUUGAAUCAUUGGUGUUUUGGCAAAGACAACACUGGAAAUCUUAUGGAUCUGCAAAAUUUAAAUAAACUUGUAAAAAUGGCAAAAGUAAAUAAUAAUAUAUUGUUGAUUACUGCUGAUGGAAGUAUAGAUUGUAUGGAUGUUCCAGGUGAACAAGAAACAGUUGUAUCUCACUUACAUUAUUGUGAAACAGUUGCUGCAUUACAUUUACUAAAUGAAGGAGGAAGCUUUGUAAUAAAAAUAUUCACUACUUUUGAGCACAGUUCCAUAUGUCUACUUUAUUUAUUAUCUUGUUGUUUUUAUAAAGUAUUUAUAACAAAACCAGCUACUAGUAAAGAAGGAAAUUCAGAAACUUAUGUUGUAUGCAUAAAUUUUAAAGGAUCAGAAUAUAUCGCACCUUAUUUACGAACAUUACAGAAGUACUAUGAAUCUGGUCCUAGUGCAGCAAUAUUUUGCAGAAAAGAUAUUCAUCCUGAUUUUAUAACAAAAAUAAUAAACUGCAGUCAGUUUUUUAAAGAGAUACAAACAUCUGUUAUAAUGAAUAAUGUAAUAUCUUUUACAUCUAAUGAAGAAGUUGAUGAUAAAAUCAUAGAUGAAAUAAAAAUUAUACAAAAACUUGUUGCCGAAAAAUAUUUGAAAGAUUGCAACUUGAAGCCACUGCCACCUGGCUGUGAAAUAGUAGAGAAAGAUGAAUCAAGAAAUACAGUUUUUAUAAAAGUAGGUAGGAAACAAUUAUGUGAAUCAUAUAAUAAGCGUCGUGAAAAAGCAAACAAAUCACCAGUGCAACGUUUAAUAGAAUAUUGGGACGUAACAAAAGAAAUCUUCAAUGAAAUAUCAAUGAGUAAAUCAUACAAUUUUCAGUUUUCUGAUGAACACAUAAUUUUAGAGUAUUGCACAGGAAAACCAUUCUACAAAUUAUUUAAUUCAAGAUUUUGUGAUUCAAGAAUUCUAAAUAUACAAAUUGAUUUAGAAAAUAUUUUGGAUAAAAUGCAUUUGAAAAAGUUUUUCCCUUCUGAUGAAGAUACACACAAUUUAUUACAAGAAUUACAUACAACUUCAAAUUACAAAAUAUUGUGUUUUCAAUACACAGAUAUUUAUUGUAAUUCUAAAAUUAUUUCAAGACUUUGUCAACUAUUACAAAUGCUUGUAUAUGAAGACAAUCUUGUGUUGAUUGGUUAUUCUUUAUUAACGCGUUUAAACGUUAGUCUUCUUUAUCUUUUGAAUUGCACAUUUUAUUCAGUAGAAUUACAACGUCAUGAUAAAGUAGGGUGCUUAAUAAUCUUGAAAAACUAUAAAAAUGAUGCGAACAUACUUAAAAUUUGGAAGAAAAUUAAUAUUACCGAAAAUGCAUUACGGACAGAAGGAAAAACUAUUUUGUCUUUAAUUCCUGUAUCAUGUUUAUGUGAUUGGGCUGCAUAUCCUAAAAUUGUGGAGUGCAAUCACUGGAUUAUUAAAACAUAUCUUAAUUAUCUUAUAAAUAAUGCAAUGGAAAAGAUUAAUAAAUGUUAGAUAAAUUUUUAUAAA